CUUAUUCACACAUUUGUUGUGGAUAAAAUUAAACCUUUUUCUCCUUAGCUUUCCCUUUUCUUUUUUUUUUUAACAUUUUUAGCAACAGUUCUACAAAAUGGUAUCAAUUUUUUUCUUAAAAGGCUCUUUUUUUGGCACCCCAAAUUCCUUUUUCCCAUGCUAAUAAAAACCAUGUAUUUUACCACAGAUAAAGACUACAGCUUGAACAAAAAAAAUCAGGUACUUUUUAACUUUCUCUGUAUGUUUUUUCUUUUUUCAUUUUCUUCCUCCAUAGAUCUUCAUCUCUUGUUUUCCAUAGUUUCUACAUACAUAAGUAAAUUUCAGUGAGUGAAUAUGGAGAAAGUAUCAAUUCAACAAAUCUUUUGCAAGCUGUGUCCUUUGCUACCUUUUGUUCUUGUUCUUGUUCUCUUUUCACUCUUAUACUUCUUUUCAGUUUUUGAAUCCUUUCCUCAUUCUCUUUUUACAACACUGGUUGCUCUUUUCACCACUUUGUUUCUUGUCACAUUGACAAGGACAAAAUGGUCCAUAGAUGAAAAGAAUUUAGUCCAAGAUAAUAACCUGAAGAAAUUGGAGUCUUCACUUCCUUCAUUAUUAGGAGAUGUUACCAAAGAAAGUGAAAUCAAUGCUGAUGAGAAGUAUGAAGAACAACAUGCUGAUCAAGAUUCAGAAAGUCAAAGCACAAGUAGUUUUGAGAAUGAUCAAGAAAGAAGUGAAAAUUAUGGCAUGAUUUCUAAUAGUGAUGUUGAUGAUGUUGAUGAGGAGGAGGAAGAAGAAGAGGAAGAUAGCUUGAUUGAAAUCAAACUUCCAAACAGGUACUUGGUUGAGGAACCUAAGCAAAAAUUUGAGUCUAAUUUGACAGAGUUGUUCUUGCCAGAAUACAUGUUCAAGCAGAAGGGUCUAAUGGAUCUAUUAGAAGAAAUCAAUGAGAUAAAUGAGGAUGAAAAUUUAAUUGAAAUUGAUAUUUCAAUGGGAUCUACCAAAUGUCAAGAUUUUAGACUAAAGAAGGAAUUGGCAUAUUAUGGAGCAGAUCAAUGUGUUCUUAGUGAUUGAUAGAGAUAUUUCAAUCUUAUGCUGCCAUUAUUUCAGGUCUUGUUGUGUAGCAAAUUUUCCACUUUACUAAUUUUUGCACCUAAAUUAGAAAAUUGGAGUCCUUUUUUCUUAAUCUUUUUGCAGCUAAAUUAUGUAAAAAAUUUGAUCCCACAAAACAUAGUAUGAUGAUAUUUUGUUUGUAGUCAUGAUUCUAAUCCGAAAAAGAAGAACAUUAUUAAGUGGGUG